AUGCAGAAACCAUGUCAACACCAUGCCGAACACACUGAUAUCACUCCUUUAGUGUACCAAACACUAAGAUACCAUGCAGAAACCAUGUCAACACCAUACUUAACACACCAAUACCAUACCGAAUACACACAUAACCAUAUCCAACGAGCCGAUAUGACUCGAACAAGCUGA